GUGGUAUUUAUGUAAAUUCUUAUAAACUAUAGCAGUAUCCUCUUUAAAUUGCUCCCGGCAAGGUCAUAUUCGAGACCUCGUUAGGGUUUUCUCGGCCGAUCUCUUGUUCUGAGCGUGCAUUCCCUCGAUCCAUAAGAUCCGGAAAGGUUGUGUUUAAAGGAAAUGUCACGUGUUUAUGUGGGAAAUAUAGAUCCACGAGUGAAUGAAAGGGAUCUGGAGGAUGAAUUUCGAGUGUAUGGAGUUAUAAGAAGCAUUUGGGUUGCUAGAAGGCCACCAGGCUAUGCUUUUAUUGACUUUGAUGACCAUAGGGAUGCGCAAGAUGCAAUUCGUGAAAUGGAUGGUAAAAAUGGAUGGAGGGUUGAGUUAUCACACAACUCAAAGGGUGGAGGUGGAGGUGGUGGUCGAGCAGGGGGUCGUGGUCGUGACCGCCAGAGUGGUGGUGGUGGUGGUGGCGGCGGCUCUGAUAUGAAAUGUUAUGAGUGUGGUGAGCCGGGUCAUUUUGCUCGUGAGUGUCGCUUACGCAUUGGCCCUGGUGGACUUGGCACUGGACGUCGCCGGAGCAGAAGUCCUCCUAGAUAUCGUAGAAGUCCAAGUUAUGGUAGAAGGAGCCCCAGCCCUCGGGAGAGGUCUCCAAGGCAUCGUAGUUACAGCAGAUCACCUGCUCGUGGCCGGAGCUACAGCAAGUCGCCUCCUCGAAAACGCAGCUACAGCCGGUCUCCUGCUCCCCGAGGACGGAGCUACAGCAGAUCACCACCUUUUGCCAAUGGGAAUGGCGCUGAUGCUUAGGGAUGGGGAAGCUGAAGUUGAAAUUUAGUCUGCAUUUCUGCUUUCACUUAGAACUGGUUGGGGGCUAAUGUGGAUUAAUGUUGUCAAACUUGGAUUGAACAAGGUUCAUUUAGUUCCGUCUUUAAUAUUUGAAGUCUUUUAUAGCUUGUUAUUAUUAUUGUGCUAAACUUGAAGAUUUGUUAUGAAUGUCAUAAAGACUUGAGUAACAUUUUCAUUUCUGUUUUUUUUUUUCUUUUUUCUGUGUUGAGGAGGCAUCGUCCUGCUUCAAUGACAUGCUUCGUCGCCACUUUGCUGCGUCAGCAUGCAUUUCUUCUCUGCUUCUUAUCUACUCGUGGUUCUGCUCUUCGGUCUUCAAAUGAGUAGUGUUUCUUCCCUUUGACCCUCACAUACUAAUUAGGCUUUGUUUAUGUUUAUUAUUUGAUUACCAUUACCCUACUAUUCUGGUAUGGCUCCACUCCCAACUGAAUCUGUAUUAUAUCUAUCCACUUCAGUGAGGUCAGGCAGGUAAAAUACUCUUCUCCUUUCCAAAGAAAUUUCUCUUUGUGUGGCCUCCUUACCACUUGGAGAGUGUUUCACAGGCUUUGGACUACUUAUUUCUUCGGCUAUCAGCAGCUGGAUAUUCUGCAUCUACAGUAAAGCUUGAGCCAGUAGCGUAACAUUCUCUCCUCAAAUCUGAAUGAAAUAAAGUUUUAUCCAGUUCUGCGCCUGGUUUUCAUUUUUUUUCUGCACCGUGAAUCGUAUGACGAAACUAUUCAUCCCAUAAAUAAUCAUAGCAAGCUUUUGGUGAAAACCAUUGCUUUUCCCUUUGUUA